UCUGCCCCCCGCCUCCCUCUUCCACCUCCAGCAGCAGCAGCAGCAGCAGCCGCCCUCGUCCUCCACUCCUAGAGCUGCGGAACUUCUCGUCAGCGCUGUUGUCAAACUGAACUGGCGACCUUGACAGCGAGCCGUGAAGAGGAACUUUGCAGGAGUGUGUCCCUGGCUUCCUCGCCGCAGCUUCUCAAGAGAAGAAGACGACAGAGGCACUGGAAGGGGGAAAAAAAAAAGAGUCUGCUCUUUGCUCUGGAGUUACUGUGAGCCGGCGAAGUUUGGCGUGUACAGGAAAAGGGAAGGAGGAAGCUGGAAGAUGUAAAGAGAGGGGGAAAGUGUGYGAGCCAUCAGUCAUUACAGGUGCAGAGAGAGAGAGAGAGGGAGGGAGAAAGAGAGAGAUUCAAACUUGGACCCUCAGAGGAUGCUCAGUAGGAAACGUCAUCCUGAGUCUCACACCUAGUCUGUGGAAGUGGAGCGAACUCGAACUGUCCAAAAGAAGAAGAAGAAAAAAAAACACACACACACAGACACAGACUGUCUGACCGAAUUUGAACAGCAGCUCGAGUCCGCGUUCUGUGCGCUCUGCUUGGUGCGCUCCGACGGACAGCGAGACGGAGAGGGACCCACAGAGCUGCAGCAGGGGAGCCGCGCCGGGGUCUCCAGCACCGGGUGGGGGAUCAGAGUCCAGUCCGCCUGGCACUUGUUGGCCGCUCCGGCCGGCUCGGAACAAUGUUGGCGGAGCGCUGGAGCGGAUCGAUGUGGCGCGCCACAUGGAUUUUAUUUCUUCCUUUUCUCAUCCACUCCACGCCAGCUCAAGAUGAUGUGCCUCCCUAUUUCAAGACGGAACCAGUGCGCAGCCAGCUGCACCUGGAGCGCAACCGCUUGGUGCUGACCUGCAUGGCGGAGGGAAGCUGGCCGCUGGAGUUUAAAUGGAUCCACAACACCACGGAGCUGACGCGAUUCUCACUGGAAUACAGGUACCUAAUCCCCUCCCUGGAUCGCUCUCAUGCUGGCUUCUACCGCUGCAUCGUGAGGAAUCGGGUGGGAGCCCUUCUGCAGAGACGYACGGAAGUACAAGUGGCCUUUAUGGGCAGUUUCGAAGAGGGUGAGCGCACUCAGUCUGUCUCCCAGGGGGAGGGCGCCGUUAUUCCAGCACCACGGAUUCGGAGUUUCCCCCAGCCGCAAGUUACCUGGUUCAGAGAUGGACGGAAGAUUCCGCCUAGCAGUCGCAUCGCAAUUACUUUGGACAACACACUGGUUAUCCUGUCUUCGGUGGCACCAGAUGCCGGGCGCUACUAUGUGCAAGCGGUUAACGACAUAAACGGAGAAAACAAGACCAGCCAACCCAUUACUCUAACAGUGGAGAAUAUUGGAGGUCCGGCCGACCCCAUCGCUCCCACUAUCAUCAUCCCGCCCAGGAACACCAGUGUGGUCACGGGCACAUCAGAGGUCACGAUGGAGUGCGUGGCCAAUGCCAGGCCUCUUAUAAAGCUGAGUAUCUCCUGGCGUAAAAACGGAGUGUUGGUGAGCAGCGGUUUAAGUGACUUCAACCGCAGGCUCACCAUCCUCAGUCCAAUGGUGAGUGAUGCCGGAUUCUACGAAUGUGAAACCGUUCUCCGCAGCAGCAGCGUGCCGUCUGUCAGCGCUGGUGCCUACCUUCAUGUGUUUGAGCCGCCACAGUUUAUCAAGGAACCAGAGAAACACAUCACGGCUGAGAUGGAGAAGGUGGUGGACAUUCCCUGUCAAGCAAGGGGAGUUCCCCAGCCAGAAAUCGUCUGGUACAAGGAUGCCCUUCCCAUCGAUCCAGUGAAGACGCCGAGGUACAGAGUCCUGGUGGGGGGGAGCCUGCAGGUCAACGGUCUGCUGCCUGAUGACACCGGCAUGUUUCAGUGCUUUGCCAGGAACUCGGCAGGAGAGGUUCAGACCAACACCUACCUGGCUGUUACCAGCAUCGCUCCGAACAUCACAGCCGGACCCUCUGACAGCACGGUGAUUGACGGGAUGUCAAUUAUCCUGCACUGUGAGACCUCAGGAGCUCCAAGGCCUGCCAUAACCUGGCAGAAAGGUGAGCGUGUGUUGGCCAGCGGUUCUGUGCAGCUGCCCAGGUUUACUCUGCUGGAGUCGGGCAGUUUGCUCAUCUCCCCUUCACACAUUUCCGAUGCCGGGACCUAUACUUGUAUGGCAAGUAAUUCGAGGGGCAUCGAUGAGGCAUCCGCUGACCUCAUUGUCUGGGCUCGUACUCGGAUUACCACACCCCCACAGGAUCAGAGUGUCAUCAAAGGGACCAAAGCCAUUAUGACUUGUGGAGUCACACAUGACCCUAGUGUAAUUAUCAGGCACGUUUGGGAAAAAGACAACUCUCCGAUCAACGUGCAAGCCAUCCCCCGAAUGCGCCUGGACGCCGACGGCACCCUGCACAUCUCCCAGACCUGGUCGGGUGACAUCGGCACGUACACGUGCAGAGUCACCUCGGUCGGAGGCAACGACUCCCGCAGCGCUCACCUCCGUGUCAGGCAGCUCCCACACGCCCCCGAGAACCCCUCUGCAGUGCUGAGCAAGUCUGAAAAAAGAGCCAUAGACCUGGCCUGGGCCAAGCCUUUUGAUGGGAACAGUCCUCUCAUACGCUAUAUCCUGGAGGUUUCUGAAAACAACGCUCCCUGGGCCAUCCUGCUGGCCAAUAUUGAACCAGAGUCCACAGCGGUGACAGUGAAUGGCUUGAUCCCGGCCCGCUCCUAUCAGUUCCGCCUCUGUGCCGUUAAUGAUGUCGGGAAGGGGCAGUUCAGUAAGGAGACUGACCGCGUGUCUCUCCCAGAAGAGCCCCCCAGUGCCCCUCCUCAGAAUGUCAUUGCCAGCGGCAGGACCAACCAGUCCAUCAUGAUCCAGUGGCAGCCUCCGCCCGAAAGCCACCAGAACGGCAUCCUCAGGGGCUACAUCGUCCGUUACCGGCUCACUGGGCUACCUGUGGACUAUCAGCUCAAGAAUAUCUCCAGCCCGGAUGUGACCACUCUACUCCUGGAAGACCUCAUCAUCUGGACAAACUAUGAGAUUGAGGUGGCUGCCUACAAUGGGGCAGGUUUGGGCAUCUUCAGCCAUAAAGUCACAGAGUGGACUCUUCAAGGAGUCCCAACCAUCGCUCCAGGAAAUGUGCAGGUCGAGGCAGUCAACUCAACAGCUAUCCGUUUUACCUGGACCGCUCCGAACCCUCAGUUUAUCAACGGCAUCAACCAGGGCUACAAGUUGCUGGCCUGGGAACCUGRCAAAGAAGAAGAGGUUUCUAUGGUAACGGUACGGCCGAACUUCCAGGACGGCGUCCACGUGGGAUACGUGACAGGUCUGAAGAAGUUCACCGAGUAUUUCACCUCGGCGUUGUGCUUCACUACACCUGGAGACGGCCCCCGCAGCCCACCUAAGGCUCUGAAGACUCAUGAGGACAAACCCAUCUCUGCUGCUGCUGUGUCAGGAUACCGCAUUUCGUGGGAGGAGUUCAACCGGACGAACACGAGAGUCACCCACUACCUGCCAAAUGUCACCCUGGAGUACAGGGUCACGGGCCUUACCGCUCUCACUACGUACACUAUCGAAGUGGCAGGAAUGACCUCCAAGGGCCAAGGCCAGCUGUCCUCUUCUACCAUCUCCUCUGGGGUCCCACCAGGAAGAUGUCUGGAUGUUGGGAUGGUAGGAGAAAAUGAGGACUGGGUGACAGUUCAUCAGGUGUCAAAUGAACCCGAGGCUCGCUCUUUGGAGGUGCCUGGUCUCAACCCGUACACUCUUUACAGAUUCCGGAUGCGCCAAGUAAACAUAGUGGGCAGCAGUCCUCCAAGCCAGUCAUCCAGGAAGAUUCAGACUCUUCCAGCUCCUCCGGACAUGGCCCCCGCCAAUGUCACRCUUCGCACAGCCAGCGAGACCAGCCUCUGGUUGCGAUGGAUGCCUCUGCCUGAAUGGGAAUACAAUGGGAACGCAGAGCAAGUGGGCUACAGGGUCCAGUACUACCGCGUCGGCUCACAGGGCCGUGGUCUGACCCACAUCAUCACUGACCGUCUGGAGAGGGAAUUCACCAUUGAAGACCUGGAGGAGUGGACGGAGUACGAGGUUAGGGUCCAGGGCGUCAACGGCAUCGGGUUUGGACCGUGGAGCCAGCCGGUCAGAGGCAGGACAAGRGAAUCUGUCCCUUCAUGUGGACCCACCAACGUAUCCGCCUUCGCCACCACCUCCAGCAGCAUCCUGGUGCGUUGGAUUGAAGUUCCUGAGCCCGACAGGAAUGGUCUCAUUCUCGGCUAUAAGGUGAUGUAUAAGGAGAAGGAUUCUGACAGCGCUGUCCGUUUCUGGAUGGUGGAAGGGAAUGCCUCCCACAGUGUCCAGCUGAUCGGUCUGGGGAAAUACGUGCUGUAUGAGAUCCAGGUUCUGGCUUUCACUCGGAUUGGAGAUGGACGACCGAGCUCUCCGCCAAUCCUGGAGAGGACUUUGGAUGAUGUACCAGGACCUCCUGUUGGUAUCCUCUUUCCUGAAGUACGGACCACUUCUGUCCGGCUAAUUUGGCAGUCACCCGCACAGCCCAACGGCAUCAUACUCGCCUACCAGAUCACUUACCACCURAACUCCACUAACAGCAACGCAGCCACAGUAGACGUCCUGAACCCCAGCACUCGUCAGUACACCGUGACCGGCCUUAAACCGGAAUCUGUCUACGUAUUUCGCAUCACAGCCCAAACCAGGAAAGGUUGGGGCGACGCAGCCGAGGCCCUGGUCGUGACCACAGAGAAAAGAGCUCGUCCACAGCCCACCAGCCGCCCGGUUGUCCCUCAGAAGGAUGUYCAGGCCCGUCACGUGCUGCUCUCCUGGGAGCCAGGAAGUGACGGGCUGUCCCCAGUGCGCUACUACACGGUGCAGCAGAAAGAGCUGCCUGAGAACAACUGGACGGUGCAUUCUGCCUCCGUCAACCACGAGGCUACGUCCUACAAAGUGUCCAGGCUAAAACCUUUUACUUCMUACCAGUUCAGAGUAAAAGCCACUAAUGACAUUGGGGACAGUGAGUACAGUGAGGAGAGUGAAGCCAUCACAACUCUACAGGAUGUGCCAGACGAAGCACCGACAAUCCUCUCUGUCACGCCGCACACAACUACGUCGGUGCUGAUCCGCUGGCAGCCACCUGCUGAGGAGAAGAUCAAUGGAAUCUUACUGGGAUUUCGGAUUCGCUAUCGUGAGCUGCUUUAUGACCGUCUCCGCAAUUACAUUCACACAGCCAACAGUCUAUCCUCAUGGGCUGAGCUGAACGUCCCCACAGCCCCACCGCAGAAUGUUGCCAUUCAGUCAGCCACAGCCACUCAGUUGGACAUUACAUGGGACCCUCCACCACUGAAUGCACAGAAUGGUGACAUUCAGGGCUACAAGAUUUACUUUUGGGAGUUCCAGCGUAAGAACGAGACGGAGCGAUUGCGGACACUCUUCAUGCCAGAGAGGGGGGUGAAACUAAAGAACCUGACUGGCUACACCACAUACAUGAUCAGUGUGGCCCCCUUCAACGCUGCCGGUGACGGACCCCGCAGUCCUCCGACCAGGGGACGUACUCAGCAAGCCGCUCCAAGUGCGCCGAGUUUCAUUCACUUCAGUGAGCUGACCACCACCUCGGUCAAUGUGUCCUGGGGUGACCCCACAUUCCCUAAUGGCAUCAUUGAAGGCUACCGUCUGGUUUAUGAGCCACUAACACCUGUGGAUGACUCCUCAGUGGCCUGUGCCGACUGUCUUCACUCCCCCUCCCCCCCAGGCGUCAGUAAGACAGUUAYGGUGGACGUGAAGGGCACUGGCCCCCUCUGGUUGAAACUCAGAGACUUGGCCGACGGCAUCACAUACAACUUCCGCAUCCGGGCCAAGACGUUUAUCUAUGGGCCGGAGGUGGAGGCCAACAUCACCACUGGGCCAGGCGAAGGAGCCCCAGGGCCACCCGGAGAGCCUUUUAUAACACGUUAUGGCUCAGGCCUGACCAUUCACUGGACAGGCGGUGACCCAGGACGUGCUCCUAUAACACGCUACGUCAUCGAGGCCAGACCUUCAGAUGAGGGUUUGUGGGAUAUCAUAAUCAAGGAUAUCCCGAAGGAUGCAACAUCACACACGUUCAACAUGGAUAUACUUAAACAAGGCGUCAGCUACGACUUUCGGAUCAUCGGAGUGAACGAUUAUGGCUACGGCUCUCCAAGCCUACCUUCUCCCUCUAUAUCUGCUCAGAAAGUGGCCCCGUUUUACGAGGAAUGGUGGUUCCUCGUCGUCGUGGCGCUGGUGGGGCUCAUCUUCAUCCUGCUGCUGGUUUUCAUCCUCAUCAUUAGAGGACAGAGCAAAAAAUAUGCAAAGAAGUCCGAAUCGGUGUCUCUGUACGUGUGUCCAGGUAACAACUCCAAUUGCAACGCUCUGACUCACGGCGACAUGGUCAGUCUGGAUGAAGGCCGCUUCCCCGCUCUGGAGCUCAACAACCGACGGCUGUCAGUGAAAAACUCUUUCUGUCGGAAGAAUGGCGUCUACACCAGGUCUCCACCCAGGCCAAGUCCAGGCAGUCUCCACUAUUCGGACGAGGAUGUGAGCACCAAGUACAAUGACCUGAUCCCUGCGGAGAGCACCAGCCUGACUGAAAAACCCUCUGAAAUCUCUGACUCACAGGAGGCGCUGGUGUUUUCAUAUGGGACAGGUGGCCUACAUACACUUCCACUGCAUUUGGGCAGCGACAGUGAGUACGAGGUCGACCCAAACCGACAGAAAACCCACUCUUUUGUCAACCACUACAUAAGCGACCCGACCUACUACAACUCCUGGCGCCGCCAGCAGAAGGGAAUAUCUCGAGCGCAGGCCUACAGCUUCACCGAGUCCGAGUCGGGAGACCCGGAGCACCACGCCCCGCCACCGCUGCCCCCGCUACCCCCACUGCCACCGCAGCUCAGUUCACCCAGCCCUCAGCCUCAGCAGGCCCAGGGUCAACCCCAGGGUCAAGGCAACCUGUUUAGGCCCAAAGGAAGUCGGACUCCCACCCCCUCCCAGCAGAGCUCUAACACCUCCAGCCAGCACAACACCCUCUACAGGCCCCCCAGCAGCCUGGCCCCUGGGUCACGGGCUCCUAUUGCUGGCUUCUCCUCCUUUGUGUGAAAAGUGCUGAAAAGGACCAAACUUUCUGGAAGCAUCAAAUACGUGUUGAACAACACGGCGUCGGAAAAUGCAAAAUCAGCCUGAUAAAUCGAUCUCAGCCGUCUCUCGCCUCUUAGAGUGUUUUCAUUUGCUCUCAUGUUACUUCUUUUGUUUUUGGAUAAGCAGACUUUUCAAAGCACUUGUUCUUGUUUAGCGUGUGGAAGUGUGCCAUUGUAGACUCGGUUUUUGCUUUCAGCAAUUCAUAAGACAUGUCCGCAGUUAUUUUAAUCACUGAACAACUUGCAUGACUUCUUGAUUUUUUUUUCUUUUCUUUUUUUUUUGCUCUUUUGAAACACAUUCAUCAGUAACCUCUGUACAAAGUCACCAGUCUUUGAAAACACAAAAAACAUUUACUAUAUAUAUAUAUAUUAAUUAUAUAUAUAUAAAUAUAUAUACUGCAUAUAUAUAGUGGAGAUACCGAGAAGACAAAAUUGAGUCGGUGGACAAAAUCAGUUUCAUUGAUGGAAACUCGUGAUGAAGAGAAAAAACUCAAUUUGUCUCCGUGUGAAAACAAAAUAUGAAGGAUAAAAAAUGGAACUAAGCACCAAACUGACGCAACAUUUCACAUGUUGUCCUGGAACAUUUUCAGUGGACAUUCAGGACACAAAUCUGCAUUACUGUGGAACCAACUCUUUGGUCUGAGAGCACACACACACACACACACACACACACACACAGAAAAGUCAAACAGCAUUUUGUUACAUUGGGCCAAACGUGGCUCUGCUGUGCCUGAGAGACUCUUCCAGAUCUAUGAAAUGAGUGUAUGUCUGUUUAACGGAAAAAGGUUCAAGUCUUUUUGUGAGAGUGUCCUGGUGGAACAAAACUGUCUUGAUGGCUUAUUUAUGACAUCUGGCACCAGUUGUUGACCACACCACUCGCGGCGCCCUUCUCCGUGGGCUACGAGAGCCUCCUUUUACUCCCAGCAGAUGGGCAAGGCGGCGGGGGGAGGGCUUCGAAUCUUCUCCGCAUACACAACCCAUUUUUCACGUUUGGCCCCUUGGCCGGCUCUCAUAUAAACACAUCAGUCUCAAUCUACUGAAACGCUUUGAUAUUCAGCCUCCGAGUUGAAGUUUUGAAACUGUGGACACAUCUGCUGGAAGUGCUUUGGUGUGAUUUUGUUAAGAGGAAAAAAAAGGGGGAGAAAUAUUUCUAUCUUCUCACCUUGUUGCUUAAACUGUUUUCUUUCCUGCCACUGAUCACUAUCGCUGGGCGGCACUGAACCUGUUCAACAGAUGAUGUCAUUGAAUUGCCUCACUUCUCUCCCUUUCGUGUAAUCAGCCAUUCUGUAAUAUCCAGGUGUGACUUUGCUCUAAAGCGCGCGUGUGUGUGUGUGCACGUGUGCAUGGGCGUGUGUGUGAAUGAUUACACUAUGUGUACGUCAAGCUUUACAGAUCAUUCACUGUAAGUCUGUGUAUAAACGGAUCGUCCUGCAGCUUUAAACCUGCCUGGAGCUUUGCCGCAGAAGGGCGGGCCGACGUCUGGCCACCUGUGAGGCCGACUUACAACGCUAUAGUGAAGACUCGGUGAUGUGUUGCUAGUUACCAUAGUUCAAAAAAAAAAAAAAGAGACUGUCAUCUACUUUUUUCCUUUUAGGUUUUAUUUUAAGUUUUAAUGUGGGGUGAUUUCAUUGUACGCAACAAAAGCUUAUCAUGCAGAAUCUGAAUGAAUAUAUUAUCACAGUACAUUUCUGAAAUAAAUUAUUUUUCAAUGUUA